AUGGGAGGAUCUAGAGCUCAAUUGAAUAAACCUCACAAGUCUCGCUUCUCCACUAAAUCUUCUCGUAACCUUCACAAAACUUCCCAUAAAGACAAGAGUAGAAUUGCAAAAUCGGAGCGUAAUGUUGCUAAGGGAGCACGAGCUGCUCGGCUUCAGCGUAAUAAGAUGCUGCGAGAGCAGAAAAAGGCGGCACUGUUGAAAGAAAAAAGGGCUUCCAGUUCAUCCAAAAGCGCUCCUCUUGUAAUAGUUCUCUUUGGUCUUUCUGAAUCUGUGAAUGUGGAUUCGCUUGCGGAAGAUCUUCUGAGAGUGUUGUCUAAUGAGGGUAAUGGGGAUGUUUCUUCAACAGUUGCUUCUUCUGAAUAUAAAAUGAGGAUUUCAGUAUUGAAAGCACCUCAUGGGGAUUUGUUGUCCUGUAUGGAAAUGGCCAAGGUUGCUGAUCUAAUUGCUUUUGUGGCAUCAACUAACUCAUUAUAUGAAGAAAACGCCUCUGAUUUCGGUUAUAUUGAUUCAUUUGGAAGCCAAUGUCUAUCUGUGUUUAGGCAACUUGGCCUGCCAAACACUGUUGUAUUCAUUCGUGAUCUACCAAGUGAUCUGAAAGGGAAAAAUGAAUUAAAGAAGAUGUCUAUUUCUAACCUUGCUGGUGAGUUUCCUGAAGAUUGCAAGUUCUAUCCAGCAGAUACAAAAGAUGAGUUGCACAAGUUUCUUUGGCUAUUCAAGGAGCAAAGGCUCACAGUUCCUCACUGGAGAAACCAACGGCCAUACCUGAUGUCCCAGAAGGUGGAUGUGGUAGCAGAUGAUUCGAACUCAGGAAGAUGCACCCUUCUUCUUACUGGUUAUCUACGUGCUCACAGCCUCUCAGUUAAUCAGCUGGUUCAUGUUUCUGGUGCGGGGGAUUUCCAGCUACAGAAAAUUGAAAUUCUGAAGGAUCCAUAUCCGUUGAAGUUAAGGAAAGAACCAGAUGCGAUGGAUUCAGAUGAUGUGUUUGAUGUAGAGGUAGUUCGUUCUGUGGAUCCUGAUUCUUUGAGACAGGAGCCAUUGGUUUUUGAAAAUGAUCUGGAUCCUCUUGCUGGUGAACAGACCUGGCCAACAGAAGCUGAAAUGGCUGAGGCUGAUAGAAAUCAGAAACAAAAGAGGCAAAAGAAGAGGAUUCUUCCUCGAGGUACUUCAGAGUACCAGGCUGCUUGGAUUGUGGAUGAUACAGACGAUGAGGGUUCAGAUAGUGGCAGUGAUGCUGAUGAUGGGAUGGUAUUGGAUGAAACAGAAGGCUAUUUUCGGGGUCCCAAGGAAAUCAAUAACUCAGAUGUUGAUGAAGAUUAUCAAGCUUCUCUGGAUGAUAGGGACGCCAAUGAAGAAACUGAUGCUGAUUCAGUGAUGAUGGAAGAUGAAAACUUAACUAGGGAACAGAUAAAGGAAGAGAUUAAAAAAAUCAAAGCAGCACAUGCAGAAGAUGAGGAAUUUCCAGAUGAAGUGGAUACUCCAUUGGACAUACCUGCUAGAAAACGUUUUGCCAAAUAUAGAGGUCUCAAGUCUUUUAGGACCUCUUCAUGGGACCCAAAGGAGUCUCUACCUCCAGAAUAUGCCAGAAUUUUUGCAUUUGAUAAUUUUGCAAAAACACAAAAACAUGUCUUUGCAAAAUUCUUAGAUAUGGAGCAAGAGAACAGGGAUGAGUGUGUACUAUCAGGCCAAUACGUAAGGCUUCAUAUUAAGGAUGUACCUAUUCCUGUUGCUUCUAAGCUAUGUCUGCUUGCAAAGACAGCACCAGUAAUAGCUUCUGGCCUUUUUCAGCAUGAAUCGAAGAUGUCUGUUCUUCAUUUUAGUGUUAAGAAGCAUGAUACCUAUGAUGCUCCUAUCAAAGCCAAAGAAGAAUUAAUAUUUCAUGUUGGUUUUCGGCAAUUUGUUGCUAGGCCUAUAUUUUCCACUGAUGAUAUGAAUUCUGACAAGCACAAGAUGGAGAGGUUCCUUCAUGCUGGGCGUUUCUCUGUUGCAUCAAUAUAUGCUCCGAUUUCGUUUCCUCCUCUUCCAUUGAUAGUCUUGAAGAGUACAGAAGGAAAUGCUGCCCCUGUCAUUGCUGCUUUUGGUUCCUUGAGAAGCAUUGACCCAGACAGGAUAACCCUGAAGAAGAUUGUAUUAACUGGUUACCCUCAACGAGUAUCAAAAUUGAAAGCCUCUGUAAGAUACAUGUUUCAUAGCCCAGAGGAUGUAAGAUGGUUUAAGCCUGUGGAAGUGUAUACGAAAUGCGGUCGCCAUGGUCGAAUUAAGGAACCUCUUGGCACACAUGGGGCUAUGAAGUGCACUUUCAACGGAGUCCUUCAGCAGCACGACACUGUUUGCAUGAGCUUGUUCAAACGUGCAUAUCCCAAGUGGCCAGAACACAGAUUCCCGAUUCUUGAUACUUGA